UUGACUCUGCAAACAUUGUACUACAGAGAAAGGAGCAUCUUACCUGGGAUGUGCGAAUUCGAUAAGCAUGGAUGGGCUGUUGUGACUCUCCACUUGUACAUACUGAUAGAGCUCUGCACUGCACCUGAUAUUGUUGGCAGGAAGAAGGUUGAUGAGAAGUCCAGAUGGGUUCCGAGAGAAUUCGGGAUGUUAUUAUUGUUGGAGCAGGGAUCAGUGGUUUAUCAGCCGCCAAGCUCUUACAUGAAUCAGGCCAAGAUGUACUGGUACUAGAAGCAAAUGAUCGAGUUGGAGGACGGACAUGCAAUUUCUAUGACAAGGCCAUAGAUUACACAGACAUCGGUGGUGCUUACAUGGGACCAACACAGGAUCGUGUCUACAGGCUAUCCAAAGAAUUAGGAGUGGAAAACUUCCGUUGCUAUGAUGAAGGCAUAGCCAUUGCAUACAACAGGGGUAAAUGGCGAACAAUGUCUGGACUAUGUCCUGACACUUGGAACCCCUUCCUCUUCAUGGACCUCAAUCAUUUUUGGCACUUGGUUGAUGAGAUGGGCAAGAAGAUUCCAAUGGAUCGUCCCUGGGACUUCCCUGAAGCCGAAGAAUGGGAUAACAUGACUGUCAAGGAGUGGGCUGAUAAGACCUUCUGGUUCCAACUGACAAAAGACUUUGUGGCUGUUCAGUGUGCGCUUGGAUUCUGUGCUGAGAAUAAAGACAUGUCUCUCCUCUACUUCCUCUGGUACAUCAAAGGAGGCUCAGGUUAUUUGAGAUUUUCAUCAACAGAGAAUGGAGCUCAGGAAAGGAAGUUUGUUGGAGGAAGUCAUCAAAUCAGUCUAACAAUGGCUGAUCGGCUGGGUGAAGAACGAGUACUUCUGAGUAAACCAGUGACUGAAAUAGCCCAAGAUGCAGAUGGUGUAACAGUUACUACGGCAACAGGAGAUAUAUACAAGUCAAAGUAUAUUAUAGCAGCUCUUCCACCAGCCAUGCUGAAUAAGAUUACGUAUAUGCCUAGUCUACCAGCUCUCAGAAAUCAGCUAAACCAAAGAUAUCCAAUGGGGUCUGUGAUCAAGACUAUGAUGUACUAUGACCGACCCUUCUGGAGGGAUUCAAAUUAUUCUUGCCUUGUUUUAGCUGAUGGGAUUAUAUGUGGCACUCAAGAUGAUUGCAAGCCAGGCAGCAAGUAUCCCGCUAUUAUUGGAUUUAUAGCAGGAGAUGCAGCAAGAGAAACCUGUCACCUUACCAAAGACGAAAGGAGAGAUUUAAUUGCUCGCCGCUAUGCAACACUGCUGAAGAAUGAUGCUGCUCUAAAGCCUGUUUUCUACGUUGAAAAGAACUGGAUGGAAGAACCAUAUAUCGGAGGAGGAUAUGUCGGAUUCACACCACCUGGAGUCAUAACUAAAUACUGCAAGGUUUUACGAGAGCCAAUAGGUCGUUUGUAUUUUGCUGGUACCGAGACAGCUACCAAGUGGUCUGGAUACAUGGAUGGGGCUAUCCAGGCAGGAGAGAGGGCUGCAAGAGAGAUUCUACAUGCCAUUGGAAAGAUAAGUAAGGAUGAUGUGUGGCAGGAAGAACCAGAAUCCAAGGACAUGCCAGCCCUUCCAUUUGAGGAAUCUUUCUUGGAGAGGAAUACUCCUAGCGUGAGCGGCUUUCUCAGAUUUGUCCGUGCUUCUCUUAUUUUAACUGCCAUUGGAGGAGCCAUUUGGUUGAAGAGGGACAUGAUUCAGAACUUGGUGAAAAAAUAAGAUGUCAGUUUUGAGCUCAUUUCCUACAGCCUGAUGCUGUCAUUAGAAGUUUGUAUUGAGGCCACGUUCAUGAAUAAUUCAGUGAUGAACGAUUCCAUUGAGCACCAGCUGUUGAUGGAUGAACUGUUUUCUGAAUCAGUUUGCAUACAGUACUUCUUGCUAUAUCAGGCAAGCUUUCAUACAAAGUGCACUACAUACAAAUACUUAGUAUAGGAAGGUUUUAUCAGGCCACAAUGCCAGCUGAGUGUUCAAUGUAUGAUAAUUUUUUUUUAAUAACUCAUGUUUUAUACUUGUAUCAAUUCACAUUCACAACUACUCUCAUGGCCAUCUACAAAUGCAGUCUUUCAAUCAUGUUUCAAAAUAUUUGAUACUUAACUACCGUCAACAUAUUUGAUCAUUUUUAUAUACAUGUAUUUGCAUUUAGUUUCAAUCUUUGCUUGAAUGAGCCUUGUCUAUUUAUAAAGACCAUUUUUUAAUUGCAUUGAAUUCCCUGGAACCAUGAUGAGUCGGAUUUGAAUACUGGGAAUAUCAUCUGUGUCAUCUGUAUCAUCUAUUCUUAGAACAAAAUUUAUGUGAAGCAUUGUGGCCCAGCGGAUUAGGCUGGACUUUCAAAUAGAAGGUCAUGGUUUCAAAUCUCAGCCAUGGCGUGAUUUCCUUCAGUAAGAUAUUGAUCCACACUGUGCUGCACUCAAGUGUGUAUAACAGCUGCUCUGCUAAAGCCAGCGUAAUCAUGCUACAUUACUGUAGAGCACUGUAGAGACUUCUGAUUAAAUAAGUAGUAAUCAUGUAUGAUUAUCAUUAUUAUUCGGUGAAGUUAUGUCACAAUAUUAUGAAAUUAUUGUCAGAUCAUUACAGCCCUAGUACUUGUUAGGAUGUGAAAACAAGUGAAGUAUGUCUAGUAUUUGAAUUGGAAAAUCUUGCUGGAAUGUUCCCCAGGGAGUGGAGAAUGGAUUCUUUCCUUCUAUGAUGUCAUUUCACACAUAUUAGGGUUGAAGGUCAAAAGCCAAAGAAAUCACUUUGCUAUAAUUUCAUGCUAGGGGGAAGACAAACGUCUAUUGCCUUAUUUUCUCUUUCUACAUUUUCGCUUUCAUUUUUUUUUUGCCUUUUGUCAUGUUAAUACACAGCCUUGAUGUGUAAUUGCCUUUGGUUAUAACAGUGUUUAAGUAUGGGAGCUUAUUUGCAAGGAAUGAUUUGAGGUAAAAAGAAAUAUAUAUAUAAUAAUUUGAUGCCUUUUAGGAGUAUAUUGUAGAAAGGUCUACAGACUGUGUGUAUAUUACCUUUUUCCUUAUCUAUUCUAUGGGGGUGUUGUUGACCAUUAUUCACUUGCAGUCUUGGUGUAUUUCUUUCUUGGGAGAAUUUAGAUUAGGCAAGGUAUUGGGAGAGGCAAGCCAUUGUUGACACAUGAUGGCUUGCCCCUCCAAUCAUUUAUCUGAUAUAAAUGAUCUGAGCAAACUAUUACUUUGCUGUAAUACAGAUCAUGUUGCAGACUUUAUUUUGAAAAUGAACAAUAAGCAUGUUUUUAUACAAUAUCAACUUGCUAUUGUAUAAUCAUUUUGUCUCAUAUAUAGAUAUACAGUAUUUUAAUAUUAAGCAAUGAAACAUAGGAUUAUGAUAGACAUUGAUAUAUCAAUUUCAGUGAUGUUUAUUUUUCUCUUCAUUUGUGUUGAUUUAUAUUCUCUCAUUCUUCAUAUUUAGAACAAAAUAGAUAUAUCAGGUAAAUAUUGAUUAUUUUAGAUUACUACAUGGUUAUAUAUUUCAUAAUGAAAUGAUAUGCAAAAAUAAUGAUAUUGGAAAGCUUGAUGUAAUUUUUUUGUUUUGUAAAUCAGUAUUCUAUGAAACUUGUACUAAAGUGAUUCAUGAACAUAUAUGCAUGAAAGAAGCCAUUUUGUAUUAUGGCAUCCAGCAAAUUCAUAAGUCUCAACAUCGAAAAGUUUUACUUUGGUUUGUCUUGGUCUGAUAUCCAUACACAGUAUGUGUGACAUUCCAUAUGAUUGCUCAACUGAAAAAAAUUCAUUCCAAUUGAAAUGGUGUUAAAGUGGUUGCAUGCUAUCAAGUGACUGAAAAAGAAAGGAAUUGUUUUUUAAGAUUGUCUUAUAAAGAAAUAUAUACAUUUCUGUACUUUUUUACCUGUACCUGCUUGUUAUAAUGAAACGUAAUUGUGACAUGUGUCAUAGUGAAAUGACUGUCACACAUGUAAUAGGGAGACUAUAUCAUUUGAUGAAUUUCUCAUUAACUUCAUGUACUGGUAUUGAGUACAUGCCAUGUUAACCCCAUGUACAUGUAUAAGCAUACUGGCGUACAGAUGGGGGUGGGGCUGGGGUGCCAUGCCCCACACCCAUGAUAAAGGGAAAAAACAGGAGAAAAGGAAAGGAAGGGUGUAAAAUAUAUACAUUCUGAAUAUUAUAAUUAUCAAAAUUUAUCCCAGAUAAAAUUUUUUGUUCCAUCCAUCAUAUCUGACCUCGAUUUUGAGGGACUCAUUGUACCAUUCAUCCUGUAACAUAUGUUUUUCCCUAGUAAACAAGUGUAAUAUUAGUUUUGCAACAUCACUUGAUUGAAUUCAUUAUUUUACUGUUAAUCAUGUUGGCUAAACAAGUGCUUUUAAUUAUUUCAUAUGCAUUAAUAUCAUGCAAACAUUAAUGAUUCUUGAUUCUUGCCAUGAUCAUUAUCACCAAAUGCAUGAAUUGCUUUUCUGUAUCUUGAAAUUAUCUUGAAUUUUCUAUAUUUCUCAAAUAUAGUAUAGGAAUGUCUUCAGAUAACAAUAUUUAUAUAUUUUGAUAACAUUUAAACUGUAUCAAAUUAGCAUUUAUAUUCAGAUUUUAUAUAUUUAUAUCAAAUAGUCUACUUAAUAGUGUUAAUAUUAAAGUAUGACAGUUUUAUAUUACACUACCACUCACUACAAACAGUUAUCUUUUGAUUUCACUGGAAUAUUCUUCAUUGUUAAAAACAUUUUUUUUUUAUUUGUAAUGCAUGUUAGUUAACAUUCAUGUGCCUUCACUGAAAAAAUAUGGAUAAAGUAUGGUGUAAUGUACUAACAAAGAAGGAGGGAACAAAUAUAGAUGAAUUUCUUUA